AGCCUGGAUUAUCCGUGGGGGUGGGGGGCAGGGAGGCUUCUAGGGCUGCAGGGUAGCCAGAGAGAGUUCGGGGAGGUGAAGGCGCCAUGCCACUGCAGGAUGACACCCUCCGAGAGUGGGCCCGAGGAGGAAGGCCGGAGUCCGGAGGUCCAGCAGCACACCAAGCCGGUAUGUCACCCCCUCUUGGGAAGCAGGUGGAGGGAGCCCCCAACUGUAAACCCAGGCAGGACAGGGGGUCUGGGAGUGGGGCGGUUCCGUCAGCACCCACUGAGGGUUGCGGCUUCCCUGGAGGUUUUUGUUUUGCUUUGUUUUGUUUUUGCAGGGAAGGGGGGGCAUAGGGUGUCGGGGGAGGAACUGGGGCUCUGGGACACUGGAGGUGGCCAUGAUGCAUGGGAGGGGGUCAUUGUUCCUCACAAUUGUUCCAGGCAAGAAGGGGCCUGGCUCCCCUCGGGAUAAGCCGAGGUUAUUUCUGGCGGCUCAAGAGAUUAGAGAGGGCUGGGCAGCCCUCGGAGCCCCCCUUUCUGUCCUCUCCCUCCUCUUGACGCCAACCCCGCAGAGACAGAAGUUGAGGAAGAAGAAGACCGAGGCCCCAGAGUCCCCCGGGCCCACAGGAUCCAAGCCCCGGAGACCUGGAGGCGGGCGAGGGGCCGAGCCGCGGGGCCCCCAGGGGGAUGAGGAGGAGGAAGAGGAGGACCUUGAAGAGGAAGAGGAAGCGGAAAAGAAAGAGAAACUCCAUCUGCCUUCCAAGAAGCCCCCCAAAGAGAAGGCUUCCACGGACAUUAAGGAGAAGAAGGCCAAGGCCCAGGGUUCAAAGGGGGACCUGGAAAGCCCUGUCCCCCCACUGAAACCUCUGCGCAUUAAGAAGAAGGACGUGCCAGCGGGUGAAGGGACCAAGAUGAGAAAGGCGAGGAAGAAAGGGGCCAGGGAGGCUGACAAGGACCACGCAGUGAGCCCGACCAGAGCGACGAGGAAGACGCCAGCAGCCAUGUUUCUGGUUGGGGGCGCUGGCCCAGCGGAGAAAACUCUCAAGAAGAAAGGCCCAGGCCUUGCCAAAGGCUCAGAGGAGGAGAGGAAGGAGGAAGAGGAUGAGGAGGAAGAGGCGGCGGCUGUGAUGACCAAGAACAGCAAUCAGAAGGGCAAAGCAAAAGGAAAAGGCAAAAAGAAAGCGAAGGAGGAGAGGGCCCCAUCCCCACCCGUGGAAGUGGACGACCCCCAGGAGUUCGUGCUUCGGCCAGCCCCUCAGGGCCGCACGGUGCGCUGCAGGCUGACCCGGGACAAGAAGGGCAUGGAUCGGGGCCUGUAUCCUUCCUACUUCCUGCACCUGGACACGGAGAAGAAGGUGUUCCUUUUGGCCAGCAGGAAACGGAAACGGAGCAAGACAGCCAAUUACCUCAUCUCCAGUGACCCUACCAAUCUGUCCCGAGCCGGGGAGAAUUUCAUCGGGAAGCUGAGGUCCAACCUCCUGGGGAACCGCUUUACCGUCUUUGACAAUGGGAAGAACCCCCACCGUGGCGGCAGCGUCGAUGUGGAGAGCCUGCGGCAGGAGCUGGCAGCUGUGAUCUACGAAACCAACGUGCUGGGCUUCCGAGGUCCCCGGCGUAUGACGGUCAUCAUUCCUGGCAUGAACUCGGACAACGAGAGGGUCCCUAUCCGGCCCCGCAAUGCCAGCGAUGGGCUGCUGGUGCGCUGGCAGAACAAGACACUGGAGAGCCUCAUCGAGCUACACAACAAGCCUCCCAUCUGGAAUGAAGACACUGGCUCCUACACCCUCAACUUCCAAGGUCGAGUCACCCAGGCCUCGGUCAAGAAUUUCCAGAUUGUCCACGCAGAUGACCCCGACUACAUCGUGCUGCAGUUUGGUCGCGUGGCCGAGGACGCCUUCACCCUAGACUACCGGUACCCGCUGUGCGCCCUGCAGGCCUUCGCCAUUGCCCUCUCCAGUUUCGACGGGAAGCUGGCCUGCGAGUGACCCUAGCGCCCACCAGCGUUGGGGAAGGGAUUCAGUGGAGGCUUGCUGGGUCCUUUCACCAGAGCCUUCGCUGAAGACUCCUCCCUUGUCCGGGGCUGACCCCUCACUGUCUCCGGGUGACCUCCAUCCACUGCCCAGCCUGGCAGAGGCCGAGGCAGGGGAGGAGCUCAGACGGCAGGUUGGACGGAGAUGAAGAACAUCUGGAGUUGGAGCCGCACAUCUGGUCGCGGAGCUAGCCUGCGCCGUUUCACCAACACCACCCCCGCCCCGCGCCCCAGUCACUUCCUGUCCAGGAGCAGUAGUCAGUGUUGUCUUAACCCCCUCUGGGACCGUACUAGGGCUCCCAGGAGCUGGGGCGGGCUCGGAGGAGGAGGGGGCGGUGAUGGGGGACGAAGACCGGGUACCU